AUGUCAGUCAGUUCAUCUUCUACGGACCUGCAAAUUUCACAUUUUGAACAGUGUUCAACAUACAAGUCGACAGGACCCUCUAUUAAGCGGACUUGCUACUCGGAACUUGUUGAAUAUGAAAUAAUCAAAGAAGUGAUGUUAGACUUGGCAUAUGAAAAUGAAAUUGGUUUAUUAACUUGUUGCAAAAGUGAUGUAUAUAACAUGCUGAAUCAUAUAUGGGUUGAUUGCCAUUAUAUUGAAGGCGCAAAGAAAGCGUGUUCAGUUAACACCAAAGAAUGCAGGGGUGAAAUUAUAAAUAAUGCCAUCCUACUUCUGCAUAGACGCAUAGAAGAGAAGUUAAACGAAAGGCUGACAUUAUUAGCUGACUGUGACCAGGAUAUAUCUGAAUCGGUUAAAAAGCUUCAACAUAGUGAUAACCAGCUCUCUUUGGAACUUGAAAGAUUACAAGCGGCAUUUACACAAAUUACAGAAGAAAUGUAUCCUACAUUAUCUACUUUAUGUCGAGAAUUUCGUUGUGAGGUUCACCCAAGACUGAGUUUUCAGGUGCUCUCAGUUCUAAAUGACCAAGCUGAUGCUUUACUUUUGCGAGCCCAACAUUUACAAGAGUUCAUUCUGUAUUCUGCUUCUCAACCAUCAGAAACUUUAGAUAUCCUAAAGGAGAUUCACAUUGAAUUAGUUGAUUCACGUACUGUACUACAACAAGAAGUGAAAGAAUUAGAAGAAUUGCUUGAAAUUUACAAUAAUAAAGACAAGGAAUAUCAUGAAAUAGUAGAAAAGUAUAUUGAAUGUCAACAACAAUUAUUGUUACGUUCUAAGCUAUUGAAAGACACUGACAGUAUUGUUACUACUCCUACCCACCUUAAUGAAGUGUCAUAUCAUGAAGUGUCACGUCGUCGAUCAAUGAGUGCUGAUAUGAAGUUGAAAAAAAAGGAGUCGAUUUUCACAUAA